CUAUCAGCUGUCAUUUUGCGUUCCAAGCGGAGGAAGUGAGAGUUCUCUGCUGCGCUAUAGCGUUCGGAAUGCGCACACGGGCUUUGCAGUGAGGUGUUGGGGAUCUGGAUCUCGGAGCCAGCUGGAGGUGUGAUGCACGGGAUGGAUAAUUGGUGAAGUUAAACUCUCUGUAUACUGCCUCUGCUUUGGAAAAAAAUAGUUAUAGAAUACAUCCUGGAAAUGGCAGAACGUGGCGCACACAUCACAACAGCUUCUCCAGGAGAUGAUCGUCCAUCUAUUUUUGAGGUGGUAGCCCAGGAGAGUUUAAUGGCAGCUGUAAGGCCAGCUUUGCAUCAUGUUGUCAAGGUUCUUGCAGAAUCCAAUCCUGCACGUUAUGGCACUUUGUGGAGAUGGUUUGAUGAGCUUUAUACCUUGCUGGACCUACUUCUACAACAGCACUACUUGUCCUGGGCCAGAGCUUCAUUCUCUGAAAACUUUUAUGGAUUGAAGCGGAUGACAGAAGGAAGUAAGAGUGGCCUUCGUCCUCUUAGAAGGAAGGAGUACUGGAAGUCCCUGCUUCUUCUGGUACUUGUACCUUACCUGCGGAUGAAGCUGGAGAAGUUUGUGAACAAGCUGAAGGAAGAAGAGGAUUACUCCAUACACAACACAACAUCUCUCCGCAAAAGAUGGUAUAAAGCUAUCCUCGUAACUUACCCCUUUGUGAAAUUUGCUUGGGAAGGUUGGUUUUUAUUCUACCAGCUACGAUAUAUUCUCUGGAAUGCCAGGCACCAUUCUCCACUACUUAAGAUAGCUGGAGUACAGCUGGCAAGAUUAACGUUAGAAGAUCUACAUGCCAUGGAGAAGACCACAGCAAAUACAUCAUCAGGGCAAGCUAAUGAGAGCAUGGGUCAACGCAUGAAAGACACAAUGAAGAAAGUGCUUGGUGGUGUAGCCUUGUCUGUCUCCUCCAGCUUAUCACUUGGCGUCUUCUUCCUGCAGUUUCUUGAGUGGUGGUACUCUGCAGAAAACCAAGACACACUCAAGUCCUUGAGUACUUUGCCUGCUCCCCCUCCCCCCAUACAUUUUGACUUAGAAACAUAUUCCCCUCUUUUGCCCAAGUUAAAAACUGUGUGCCCACUUUGCCGCAAGAUACGAGUCAACGAUACGGCCCUGGGCACCUCAGGAUAUGUAUUCUGCUACCGAUGUGCAUAUUACUAUGUUAAAACUCACCAGCGGUGUCCAGUGAGUGGCUAUCCAACUGAGCUUCAACAUCUCAUCCGACUCUAUACACCUGAUGGUUGAACCACAGCAUGAACUAAAUAGACCACUUCAUCUUGAUAGACUACUGCUGGCUAACCCUGAUUUAUAGGUUUAACAGGGCAAGGUUUUAGAGUAAAUGUAAUAGGCAUAUUAAUGCAAAAUACAAGAUGAAAACUAGACAGAUAUGCUGUGUUCCAGACUAAGUGGGUAACUUUGACCCAUAAUUUUAUUAUUAACAUUAAUGUGAUUCUUCAGCUUUGAGGUGUCACUUUGAGGGAGGAAUGAGACUAUCCUAUUGCUGCAAUUAUAUUUGGUAAGCUGUGAGAACCAGGGAGGUAGGCAGCACAUGAGAACUGUAUUGCUAAUCCAUUUGCCUCUCCCGGUUAAAAAGAAAUGCGCUUGAAGUGACAAAUCAAAAAGAAAUAAGCAAACAAAAAUGCUCAAUACGAAGUUUGUUUUACUGGAAUAGAGAUGCAGAGAACUAAAACUCUUAUUGCAACAGUUUAAUGACAAACCUGAAUACGUAAGAGAGAGACUGGACUAUCCUAUCUAGGGGGUCUUUGUAACCCAAGAAAAAUACUAGGAUAAUGGAUGACAUUUAACUUGUAUCAUUAAAUCUAAUUUCUAUUACCAAUACAUUUAUCCAAUUUAUGAAAAAGUUAAGCAUUCCUGACAUAAUUUGUCAAGAAGAUGUGUAACCCCUUAAGGACCAAACGUCUGGAAUAAAAGGAAAUCAUGACAUGUCACACAUGUCCUGUGUCCUUAAGGGGUUAAAGAGAUUCUAGAGUGUUAGGAAUACAAAUCUGUAUUCCUAACACAAUAGUGCCCUCCGGUCCUGUCCCCCCCACUCCCCAAGUUUAGAAAGGAUUAAAAACCAUUUAAUCACUUCCCUGAAUUCCAGCGCUGAUGUCCCUUGGUGCUGGGUCUGCACUCCUUCUCUGACAGAGCUGGAGGGGUGGGGGAGAAAUGGAUCUAAUGCUCAUGAGCAUUAGGCCUUUCCCACAGUAAAGCAUUUGAUCAAUGCUUUCCUAUGGGGUAUGAGGUAAUGAUGCUGGAUGUCCUCAUGGAGUGCGUGAGUAUGUCUGUCGUCACUUAGGGAACCCAAAGUCAGGUAAACUCCCGGAAGCGUCUCUAGAGGCAGUGUUGGUGCUGCAAUGUAAACAUUGCAGGACUAAGAGGGCCAGGGACAUUGCACCAAAACCACUUCAAUGAGAUGAAGUGGUCUGGGUGCCUAUAGUGUCCCUUUAAGCCUGUUGAUAAACAGGAUAAUAGUAGUUUCCAUUUAAUAAUAAAAAACAAAAAAACAUUUGUGCUUGGAAAGCAGAAGAGUAGAUCCACAUGUUUAAAACACAAUUUUUUUUUCAUUAAUAUUGAGUUAGAGUGCAUAAACUCACUAACAUUUCCCAGAUUUUA